AUGAGUGACAUGGAUCUCGACAGCUUUUUGAUACCAAAAAAUGUUAUGAUGAAUGAACCGAGUCUGUGCUCCACAGUUGUUUCUGAUGCCAUUACGAACAAUACAGUUGAUGUUCGUCAAUCUGUUUUGCCGCGAAAGAUGAAGGCCCCUAAGAAAUGUAAGUCAGUAAUCAUUCAGUCACAUGAUUCUGUAAUUGCUCAUCGUACCCGUUCAAAGUUUGGAAACAAAAAAGAAGCUGUUGUUGAUAAGGUCGCGGCCGCUGAACCCGUACCUGUUUGCCGUAAACGUUCUAAUUUGAAAACGAUGAAAACAGAUUCAUUCAUUGAAUUCACGAAGGUAGCAGAAAAUCGAUUGCGUUUACCGUGUCCUAUUUCGGAUGAUUUGUGUCUUUCUGUUGACAACCUGCCUGAAGUUUCGGUAAAAAACCUUAGAUGUGAGGUAACAAACAUCAAGACGUUAGCGGAAAGGAAUGGUGAUGUUUACAGGUAUAUAUACUAUUUUGAUUGUUUAAUUCAAAUAUUUCGGAAAUUUGUUAAUUAUUUAAGGAAAUCAUUUAAGAAAAUGGAUAAUACGUUUAAACAUCAAUAUUCAUCUUCUUCCGAACCUUCCAUGAAUGCCGUUAUUAACGAUUAUUAUACGCGUUGGUUAUCUUACGUUAUGAAAGCUUACGAGGCCAGGCAUAGAAGAAAGUUAAGAAAACAAUAUUUUGAUAAUAAGAGAUCAAGAUGUACUACACAAGUUCAUCCUUAUUUUCUCAAAGUUGCCGAGGCAAAAAGAAGGCGUAGGUUAAGAAAACUAUAUCUUGAUAGUAAGAGAUCAAAGUUUAAUCCAAAUUUUAUUCCAUCGAAAGUGGAUUCAACAUCUUCAUCAGCAACACGGAUUAAUUUAAACAACAAAGAAAACAUAACACCUAAUUCUUCAAACAGAAGAUUGCCUACAGAUUGUUCACCAGUUAUUCCUUUAAGAAAUCGUUUAAAUACUUCCCUAAACGGCCAAACUUCCAGUAUAACACCUACUACUAUUAAGAAGAACGGAAAACAUGUGUUACACCCUUAUACAACACCCAACCGUACACCGUUGUCAAAUAUAUCUAACAUACUACCAGGAACCGGUAGCAUUUGUUCAAGAAUGGUUACUUCUACAUCUGGGUCAGUUUUAACUUUGAAUGGAAAGACCAAUGUAGUAUUGCAAAAUUCUUCUGAGUUUAUUCGAAGUUCGAACACCGCAAACAAAGAAAACGUAACACCAUCUUCGUGUAUUACAAAUAUACAUUCAGAAAAUCGUAAUCCGUCACAGUUUACUAAUGCUAUGUCUUCUUUAAACCGUAUUUCUCCCGACACUGUUGCAACGUCAUCUACUUUACCACUGACAGAAUGUUAUUCUAUUACUCCGCGGAUUGUGAGUAAACGAACUGCUACAGCUAUGAAGGCGGAUUUGUCUUCUGUUAAAAGGAUGUCUUCUGGAAGGCGUAAGUUGACGCAUACACCAAUCGAAAUAGAACCCAUACGAAUGGCUGAUCUUGAUUCUGAUGGUGAAAAUGUUGUUCAACAAGAGAUUAAAGACCUUCGGAAAGGCACCUCUAAAGAUUACCUUGACCAUGGCGACCAAUCUGUUUGUUGUGGGUUAUGCUAUGCAAAGUUCUGGCAAACUGAAGCUGGAAAGGGUCGUAUGACACUUCAAAAGCGAACAUAUGCCUUAUGUUGUGCUUAUGGUAAAGUUGACUUACCUGAUUAUAAAGAAUCUGACCCAUAUUACCAGAUGCUUUUUCGAUCUUUAGAUUCAGAUAGCAAGUUUUUCUUAAAGAAUAUUCGACGUUACAAUUCAAUGUUUUCCUUUACUUCUAUCGGAGGAAAAGUGGAUACUAAGAUAAACAAAGGUAAUGCUCCUUUUGUUUAUAGAAUUAGCGGUCAGAAUGCGCAUAGUAUGGGUAGCCUUCUUCCUAAACCCGGUGACCAACCAAAGUUUUCUCAACUUUAUAUUUACGAUACUGAAAAUGAACUGUCCAAUAGGAAGACCUUAUUUGGGGACUCAACAACUCAGUCAUCUUCCAGAUCAAAAGAGCUUGACGAUAAAUUCAUAAAGUAUCUAACUGACAUGUUAGAUUCAAAAAAUAUGUUGGUAAAAACAUAUCGUAUGGUUAGAAACCAUCUUCAUGAGAAACCCAAUGUUUCUCUUAGGCUUCGGUUGAUUUAUCAAAGAGAUAAAGAUGGCAGGACUUACAAUUUACCUACAUCAUCCGAAAUUGCUGCUUUAAUUGUUGGCGAUGAAAAUCAAAGUGUGGAACAACGUGAUAUUAUUGUCGAAGAGCAGUCAGGAGUUCUUAAACGUAUUAGCGAGUUACAUCCUUCAUACCUUGCUUUACAAUAUCCAAUUCUUUUUCCUUAUGGUGAUGAUGGAUAUAGGAUUAACAUUCCUCAUAGAGAUUUUGGUCCAAACACAAAGAAGACACGUCCAAAUUGCACAAUGAGAGAGUUCUUUGCUUAUAGGCUGCAGGAUAGGGACAACAAAUUCUCUCUAAUCCUUAAUGCGAGGAGGUUGUAUCAGCAGCUUAUAGUCGAUGCAUACACAAUGAUUGAAAGCGAGCGGCUAAACUACAUAAGAUUUCAGCAAACCAAAUUACGAUGCGAAUCCUUUAACAGCCUAAGAAGUGUUCAGCAAGGUGGCCAGACUGAUCUGUCUCAUACUGGAAAACCUGUGAUAUUACCGUCUUCAUUUACUGGUGGAGCUCGAUAUAUGAUGCAAAAUUACCUUGAUGCUAUGGCUUUAUGUAGGAAAUAUGGGUAUCCUGAUUUUUUCAUAACUAUCACCUGUAAUCCGAAAUGGCCAGAGAUGGUAAGGUUUAUUGGUGACACAUCAGUUAAGCCUGAAGACAGACCCGACAUUCUUUGUAGAUUGUUUAAGAUGAAGCUUGAUUCAUUGAUAAAAGACCUUAAGGAAAAAAAAUUUCUUGGCGAUAUUAAUGCUGUUGUUUACACCGUUGAAUUUCAAAAGCGUGGUCUGCCACAUGCUCAUCUAUGUGUUUUUAUGAAAGCUGAUCAUAAGGUUCCAACUGUUGAGCAUAUUGAUCCUUUUAUCUCAGCUGAGAUUCCUGAUAAAAAUGAAGACCCUGAAUUAUAUUCUCUGGUCUGUGAGUUCAUGAUUCACGGUCCAUCUGGACAUGCUAACUUGAGAUGUCCAUGCAUGGUAGGAAACCGUUGUUCUAAGAAUUUUCCAAAGAAGUUUCUUGAGGCUACAUCUGUUGAUUCAGAUGGAUUUCCGCUUUAUAGGCGAAGGGACGAUGGUCACACGGUUGUUAAGAAGGGUGUGACAUUGGACAACAGGAGCGUCGUUCCAUACAACAAAAGGCUUCUUAGAAGAUAUCAGGCGCACAUCAAUGUGGAGUGGUGCAAUCAGGCAGGUUCAAUUAAGUAUUUAUUUAAAUACAUUAAUAAAGGACCAGAUAGGGCCACUGUUGUUGUUAUAGAUUCAGAAAGAGGGAUUGAUGAGGAGAUACCGAAAGAUGAAAUAAAAGAAUAUUACGAGGCAAGAUAUGUUUCUGCAUGUGAAGCAAGUUGGAGAAUAUUUGCAUGUGAAGUUCACUAUCGGUAUCCAUCUGUUAUGAGGUUACCAUUUCAUCUUCCAAGCCAGCAGAAUGUAGUUUUCAGUGGUGAAGAUGAUAUCGAAAAUGUGCUAAACAAACCUCAGGUAAAUUCAUCUAUUUUUUUGGAGUGGAUGAACAUGAACAAAAAACCUGAAACAACGAAACUUACGUAUGUUGAGUUUCCAUCAAAGUAUGUUUGGAAGUUAAAGGAUCGUUGCUGGCAGCCGCGAAAAAAUUAUGUUGUUGUUGGAAGACUUUAUUCAGUUUCUCCUUCCCUUGGUGAAGCUUAUUACCUUAGAAUUCUUCUAACCAAAGUCAAGGGUCCACGAUCUUUUGAAGAAAUUAGAACCUAUGAUGGUGUUGUUUAUCCUACUUUUAGGGAUGCAUGUUAUGCGCGUGGCCUAUUAGACGAUGACAACGAAUAUAUUGAGUGUAUUAAAGAGGCCAGUUUUACAGGAAAUGGUCAUUAUCUUCGUUCAUUGUUCGGUACACUCCUUUUGUCUAAUACUCUAUCAACACCAGAAAUUGUUUGGGAAAAGACGUGGGAGUUUUUGUCGGAGGACAUUUUACACAAUAUGCGGAAGGAUUCUAGGUUAAGUGGUUUUGCUGUCUCUGACGAGCGUUUAAAGAAUAUUACGUUGUCUAAAAUUCAAAACUAUCUUAUCCGUAAUGGAUCCAGCUUGCAUAGAUUCUCACCGAUGCCUGUUCCUGAUGAAGAUUCUACAUUAUAUGAGGCUAAUCGUCUAAUAAAUGAGGAGCUUUCUUGGGAUAAGGACGAAGUUAGCGCUGAAUUCAAUAAGCUUCAUAAUUCUUUAAAUGAUGACCAAAGAGCAGUGUAUAACGAGAUUAUGAGUGCUGUUGGACGUGGGAAAGGUGGUGUUUUUUUUGUGUACGGUUACGGUGGUACGGGUAAGACAUUUCUUUGGAAAACUUUAGCUGCUUCCAUAAGAUGCAAUGGGCAUAUUGUUCUUAAUGUUGCUUCAAGCGGGAUUGCAUCGCUAUUGUUGUCACGAGGCCGUACCGCCCAUUCAAGAUUUCAUAUUCCGAUUAAUCUUACUGAAGAUUCCGUUUGUCAUAUCAAACCUAAUUCUGAAAUCGCUAAUCUUAUAGACGAAGCGAAGUUGAUUAUUUGGGACGAAGCACCGAUGGUACACAAACAUGCUUUUGAAGCUCUUGAUCGUACAUUGAAAGAUGUUUUGAGUGUCUCCGAUGCACGUAAUUUUGAACUUCCCUUUGGUGGAAAGACUAUUGUUUUCGGUGGUGACUUUAGGCAAAUCUUACCGGUUGUACCAAACGGCACAAGGCAAGACAUUGUACACGCCUCUUUAUGUUCAUCUUACAUUUGGUCCACUUGCAAGGUUUUAAAAUUGACCCGUAACAUGCGUUUAUCAGUUGGAAGCAGUAGUUCAAACAUUGAUGAGAUAAACGAUUUUGCCAGAUGGCUUCUUGAAAUUGGUGAAGGCAAUGUUGGUGAUGGUAACGAUGGCGAUUCAACUAUAGAAAUACCAAAGGAUCUUUUAAUCACCGAUUCAACUGAUCCAAUUCAAAGCUUGAUUGACUUUGUGUAUCCAUCAGUUGUUAACCGUUUUAAAGAUGGUGACUACUUUUCUGAAAGAGCCAUACUUGCUCCUAAAAAUGAGGUUGUACAUGGUAUCAAUGAUCGUUUGCUUGCAUUAUUUCCCGGUGAAGAAGUAGAGUAUCUUAGCUCAGAUACUCUAUGCCCAACUGAGGAAAUUAAUGAUCCAUUACACCAAGAUCUGUAUAAUCCUGAUGUGUUAAAUAGUUUGAUACUUUCUGGCUUACCCAAUCAUAGAUUGGUGUUAAAGUUGGGUGUCCCAGUCAUGCUUUUGAGGAACAUUGAUCAGCAGAAUGGGUUAUGCAAUGGUACACGUCUACAGAUCACGCGUCUUGGAAAACGUGUUAUCGAGGCUGAGAUACUAUCUGGAGGUAAUGUUGGUUCAAGAACGUACAUUCCCAGAAUUAGCAUGAUACCUUCUGACAAGAAAAUACCUUUCAAAUUUCAACGAAGGCAGUUUCCCAUAACCGUCUGUUUUGCCAUGACUAUUAACAAAAGUCAAGGGCAGUCUCUUUCCAGAGUGGGUCUGUACCUAAGAGACCCCGUUUUCUCACAUGGUCAGCUUUAUGUUGCGUUGUCGAGAGUAAAGACAAGAGAUGGCGUGAAGCUUUUAAUAUCUGACAAAGAUGGAAGUCCAACGAAUAAAACUAAAAAUGUUGUUUACAAAGAAAUAUUUGGAAAGUUAUAG